AUGGCAAAUGAAUCGAUAGCAAGGUCUAAUGAUGCUAAAUAUGACAGGCUUUUCGAAAGGUUGGAUAAUUUUUCUCAAUAUUUGAAUCGUAAGCUUAAAUUGCCUACUUUGCAGUUAGCCUACGUUUUGUCAUUCGUUUUAAAUUUUAUUCUAGGGAAGCUAAUUCAUGUUUCAGCGGUGGAUGAGGCCGUUUAUAAUUAUUACAAUGAUAAACACAACUUUUUAAACCAAAUAUUUGUUAAAAAGGGAUGGGGAUGGACAACUAUAGCGGUUCUUUUAUUUUAUGGAAAUUUAUUUUACAGAAACAAAAACCAAAAGGUUAAGACAACGAAAGGCAAAAUUCAAUUAUUGUUCAGAAUUUUCAUUAACUAUUCGAUAGCUACACUCUGGUGGUUUCUUUUUACCCAGUGGUGCUUUGGAAUGCCCAUAAUGGAUAAGAUAUUUGUGUGGACAGGAGGCAAAUGCUCGUCAGUUAAAGAAGACAAACUAAUAAAGCAUUUGCCUGGGUUGAUAACUACACACUUUCGGAGAAUAGAGGAUGAUCUGGAUUAUGAAUCGAAUUUAAUCAAUUCGUAUACUUGCAGGAAACUCAAAGGAUCUUGGGUCGGUGGACAUGAUCCAUCAGGUCACGUAUUCCUUAUGAUCCAUUCUUCCUUAUAUAUGUUCUUCGAUACUUUACCUUUCUGGGUUUCCCUCGGUCAAAUUAGGAAAAAUAUUUCGAAGCUUACUCAACAAUUAAGGACAAGAGGUGGCUUCCUGAAUGUCUACAACGUCGGAGCUUUUCUCUUGGAAAAUCCUCAAGUGGUGAUCAUUUUAUUAAUAUCACUUUGGUGGUUUAUGCUACUCAUGACAAACAUUUACUUCCACUCCCUUGGAGAGAAGUUAGUGGGCUUAAUCUUUGGCUAUGUAGUUAACCUCUGUGUUUAUUAUCUUCCUAGGUAUUAUAAUACCGUUGACUGCGAAAAAAGGCCUUAG